AUGGAUUCCAUACCUCACUUUGAUGAUGUUUUUGACAUAGAAGAAGAGCAAGGAGAUGAUAUUGAGUCACACAAGGAUCCCUCUAGUAGAAAGAGGUCGACAUCUAUGUCUUCUUCGGUCAACUCGUCAAUAUUACAGCCCAAAAAACCUCGGCAGUUGGGGCCUAUAAAUGCUUUCUUUAAGCUAGAAGCCAAGAAUCAAGGUGGCAAAGGACCCCUUAAUGAAGUUCAAAAAAAAAAAAAGAGGUCUGAUGCAGCUCAAAAAUUUGCAAGGUGGAUGUAUGAUGCUGGAAUCGCAUUCAAUGCGGUCAAAUAUGAUAGUUUCAAGCCAAUGAUCGAAGCAAUUGGACAAUAUGGUCCUGGGAUGAAACCACCUAGUUAUCAUGAGGUGAGAGAACCUCUUUUGAAAGAAGAGAUCAGCCAUAAUACAAUACUGAUUUUGAAACAGAAUGAAGAAGAGAUGGUGAAGAAUGGUUGUACUUUAAUGGUUGAUGGGUGGAGAGAUAGAAAGGGGAGAUCACUUAUCAAUUUCUUAGUGAAUACCCCAAAAGGAAGCAUGUUUAUUGAAUCAGUUGAUGCAUCUAGCUACUCUCAUACUAGUGAGAAGAUGCUUGAGUUGCUUGACAAAUUUGUGCAAAAAGUUGGGGUGCAUAAUAUUGUUCAAGUGGUCACCGACAGUGCAUCGAAUAAUGUUUUUGCCGGAAAGAAGUUGAUGGAUAAAUAUCCAAACUUGUAUUGGACCCUGUGUGCGGCACAUUGUUUGAAUUUGAUGUUUGAGGACAUAUUCAAAAUGCCGAAUUUGAAGAGGGUGCUUGAGCGGGCAAUCAUUGUUAACGGAUAUAUUUACAACCGAACUAUGUUGUUAAACAUGAUGAGAGAGUUCACCUGCCGAAGAGACCUUAUAAGGCCAGCUAAAACUCGUUUUGCCACUGCUUUCUUGACUAUGGGAAGCUUUCAGCAGCAUAAGCAAAUUUGA